AAAAAACGAGAACUGUUUGUUUCAGAAACACCGAACCGAAAACGUACCACCAGUCGACGUUGGACUGCCGAUAACGAGUCAGAAUCGUGCAGCCGUUUCGACAAAUAAGACGUGAACGAACGAAGCAAGUGGACAGAAGUGAAUAAAUUAUUUGAAACAACUGCAUAAUAAUUAAUCGUUUGAGAGCUGUAAAAUAUUUCUUAAAACUGGUGAGGAAAGUGACCGAAAGCUUGAUGUGGGAUAAUAAUAUUUUUCUAAUAAAUAUUUUAAUACAGAAUUGCACAAAGUCAAGAGUACAUUUGAACUGAUUUUGAAUUUUUAUAUUAAAGUGCACAGAGUUUAUAAUACUUUAUUAAAUAAAUUGAGAAAAGUGUAGUAAAUUAUUUUUAAUUAAAUUUCACAACGAAAAUGCAUUCAUUGCGAAAUGCGAAAAUCGCGUUGGUCAGACACAGGAACAUAUUGCAAACUUACGAUGUCGCGAGAAAGAGUUUCGGGACGGACGUCCAGUACAAACCCAUCAGAAGCGUACUCGUCGCGAAUCGGGGCGAGAUCGCGAUUCGAGUUUUCCGAGCAUGUACCGAGCUCGGGAUUCGGUCGGUGGCGAUCUACUCGGAACAGGACAAAAUGCAGAUGCACAGACAGAAGGCUGACGAGGGUUACAUUGUGGGCCGGGGACUACCACCGGUUCAGGCUUACCUGAACAUACCGGAGAUCAUAAAAGUAGCCAAAGAGAACGACGUCGAUGCCAUUCACCCUGGAUAUGGGUUCCUGUCCGAGAGAUCGGACUUCGCGGAGGCUGUGAUAAACGCUGGGAUCAGGUUCAUCGGUCCCAGCCCCAAAGUCGUUCAACAGAUGGGUGACAAGGUAGCUGCUAGACAGGCUGCGAUAGAGGCUGAGGUACCGAUUGUCCCGGGGACGGAUGGACCAGUGACCACUUCCGACGAGGCUAUGGAAUUCUGCAUGAAGCAUGGGCUUCCAGUCAUCUUCAAGGCAGCUUAUGGUGGCGGUGGAAGAGGUAUGAGGGUAGUCAGGCAAAUGGAAGAAGUUCGGGAAAUGUUCGAUCGAGCGUCUUCAGAAGCUGCGGCCGCGUUUGGCAACGGGGCUAUGUUUAUCGAGAAGUUUAUUGAGAGGCCCAGGCACAUAGAAGUACAAUUGUUGGGUGAUAAUGCUGGGAACGUAGUCCAUCUCUACGAACGCGAUUGCUCGGUGCAACGACGUCAUCAAAAGGUAGUGGAAAUCGCGCCAGCGCCGAGAUUGGACAUAAAAGUUAGGAACAAGAUGACCGAACACGCCGUCAGACUGGCGAAACACGUUGGCUAUUCGAACGCGGGCACAGUCGAAUUUUUAGCAGACGAGUCAGGCAAUUUUUACUUCAUCGAAGUCAAUGCUAGGUUGCAAGUCGAGCACACAGUCACAGAAGAGAUAACUGGAAUCGAUCUGGUGCAAUCUCAGAUAAGAAUAGCCGAAGGCAUUACGCUGCCUGAAUUAGGACUGACCCAAGACAAGAUCGUUCCUCAAGGAUUCGCGAUACAGUGCAGAGUCACUACUGAGGAUCCAGCGAAAAACUUCCAACCGGAUACCGGAAGAAUAGAAGUAUUCAGAUCUGGAGAAGGUAUGGGAAUCAGAUUGGACGGAGCCUCGGCGUUUGCUGGUGCGAUUAUCUCGCCAUACUAUGACUCUCUUCUGGUCAAGGUAAUAGCUCAUGCGGCAGAUCUGCAAUCGUCUUGUGCAAAGAUGAACCGAGCGUUGCGAGAGUUCCGAGUCCGCGGGGUGAAGACGAACAUCCCCUUCCUAUUGAACGUCCUUGAAAACCAGAAAUUCUUAAACGGGAACGUGGACACGUAUUUCAUCGACGAGAACCCGCAACUGUUCCAGUUUCAGCCUAGCCAGAACCGUGCACAGAAACUGUUGAAUUAUUUAGGAUCAGUUUUGGUGAAUGGGCCUAGUACACCCUUGGCGACGAAUUUGAAACCGGCUGAGAUUAGGCCCCACAUUCCGCAGAUCGCUUUAGACUUUGCUAGGCUUGCAGCCGCCGAAGACAGCAAUGAUCCAGAUGCACCAGGUAUGCUUCUUCAUGAUUAUAAUUUUUUCAUCGUCAGCAUCAUCUGCAUUAACAAUGUUUAUAAAAAAUUCACAGGUACUCCGUACGAUACGAAACUGGAUCUGAACGACGUGUCCGAGUACUCGGCGUACUGGGAACAGACGAGGACUUUGUACGCUCCAUUCGAAUGCACGACUACAAUGAAAUCUGGUAACGCGGACGUUUACCUGAACGAAAUUCCUGGUGGACAGUACACCAACUUACAGUUCCAAGCGUAUUCACUCGGUCUGGGCGAGUUCUUCGAGGACGUGAAGAAAGCUUACAGACAUGCGAAUUUAUUGCUAGGGGAUAUCAUUAAAGUCACGCCCAGCUCGAAAGUCGUGGGUGAUCUGGCGCAGUUCAUGGUUCAGAAUAAACUUUCUGCGGAUGAUGUGCUGAACAAGGCCGAAGAAUUAUCAUUUCCUAAGUCUGUAGUCGAGUUCCUACAAGGUGCUAUCGGAGAACCUUAUGGAGGGUUCCCUGAGCCUCUUAGAUCGAAGGUGCUGAAGGAUAUGCCGAGAGUGAGAGGAAGGCCCGGUGCCACUUUGCCGCCUUUGGACUUCAACGCUCUUAAAACUGAACUGCAAGAAUCUCACCCACACGUCACGAACAGGGACGUGAUGUCAGCUGCCCUUUACCCUCAAGUGACCAACGACUACUUGAACUUCAGGGACCAGUACGGUCCCGUCGACAAACUAGAAACCAGGAUAUUUUUGACUGGUCCCAAAGUCGGAGAAGAGUUCGACGUGACUAUUGAAAAAGGGAAAACGUUGGGUAUCAAGACUCUGGCGGUCGCUGAAGAUUUAACUAAGAAUGGCGAGAGAGAGGUGUUCUUCGAAAUGAAUGGUCAACUCAGGUCUGUCUUUAUCAAAGACAAAGAAGCUGUUAAGGAGCUGCACGUUCACCCGAAAGCAGCAAAGAGUGACAAGAACCAGGUGGGAGCACCGAUGCCGGGUACGGUAAUCGAUAUAAGGGUGAAAGUGGGCGACACGGUAGAGAAAGGAGCUCCGUUGGUUGUUCUAUCGGCCAUGAAGAUGGAAAUGGUUGUUCAAGCACCUAAAGCUGGCAAAAUAAAGACGCUGGACGUCAAUCAGGGUAUGAGAUUAGAGGGUGACGAUCUACUAUUAACUAUCGAGUAAAUACUGGCCGAUAGCAGUUCGAUUUUUAUCAUUUAUCAAACAUAGUAAAUGACGUCCAAUAAUGAUUGAUCUGUCAUUCAACGUCGAACUUUCAUUCAGUCCAUCAUUUUGCACAUAGUCAUUUAAUUGAACGCUGCAAUCUUGAACUUUAAGAUGAAACCAUUGUUUCGUUGAUACGCGAAUCAAUCUGCCGAUUAUUUUUAAUUUAGAAAUUUAAUAAACACGCAACGAGAAUUGAAUACAAUGCUGCCCCUCUGCCCUAGUGUUCAUAGUCAAUUGUUAUUAUUAUAAAUAAUUAAAUACAGUAAACGAAAGAAAGGCCUACAAACGAGCACUGCUGUUAACGAAUCAACAAAAUUCUAAAGUCAGUUAAAUUAAUAAUCCCUAAUCGAUGAAGUUUAAUAAGAUUUAAGGGGAAUAUUGUACAAAAGUCCUGUCGGUUGCUGUUUAACAUUGCCCUGAAUAUUUAAAUGGGAGAGAGAAAUUUAGCCAGUUAAGGAGAAAUUGUAAUUGUACAUAAUAGCAAGUGUAUAGUG